AUGUUGCCUGUGGUGGGGACCCCCACAUCUGGCAGUGUGACGAUGGCCGGUGUGUUUCUAGCAGCUGGCGUUGCGACAGUGUUGCUGACUGCCUGGAUGGCUCUGAUGAGCAGGACUGUGUGUGCGGGCCAAAGAAGGUGCAGUGCCCGGGCACCCACCACUGCAUUCCACACUGGGAGCUGUGCGAUCGACACCAGGACUGUGAGGACGGCUGGGAUGAGGAGGGGUGUCCCCAUCAGCCCUGCCUGCCUGAGCAGUGGCAGUGCAGGAACAGGGUGUGCAUCAUGGCUGAGUGGAAGUGCAAUGGGAUUGAUGACUGUGGUGAUUCCUCAGAUGAAGAUGUCUGCGCCCCCUGCCCACCUGGCAUGGUGCGAUGUGAUGAGGGGAAGUGUAUCCUGGAGUCCUUGAUGUGCAAUGAUGAGGAUGACUGCUUGGAUGGCACUGAUGAGCCCAGCACAUGCGGUCGGAGCUGCUUUGUGCGCAAUGGAGGCUGCGCGGAGACGUGCACUGACACACACUGGGGGGUGCAGUGCUCCUGUGAGGCUGGCUGGGUGCUGCAGGCCGAUGGCCAGAGCUGUGCUGACAAUGCAACGCAGCUCCUGGUGGCCGUGGGGCAGGACCUGGCCCUUCUGGAUGUGCGAACCCAAGCCUAUCGGCCCCUGCUCUCCACUGAGACUGAACCUCGUGCCCUGGAGUAUGACUUGCUCAGAGAAACCUACUACUGGCUGACAGAGGAUGGCGAGCUCCAGACUCAUGUCCCAGGGAAGGGCACACGACCCCUCUAUGCAGAUGCUGGAGAAGUGAACAGCAUCUCCGUGGACUGGUUCACAGGGCAGCUGUACUGGGCCAGCAGCCACCCUGCAGCCAUCUGCGCAGGGCUGGGCGAUGGCCGGGGCUAUGUGAUGGUACUGGGGAAGGACGUGGCACCGGAGCAGCUGACAGUGCAUCCGGCUGCAAGGUCUUUGUACUGGGUCAACCGUGGGCAGAGAGGCCGGACAGUCAUUGCUGCAGCUGGCAUGGAUGGCUCAAACCGUCGGGAGCUCACAGUAGUGUCCAUGGAGGAGCCCGUGGGGCUGAGUGUGGACCAUGUGGCCAGCCGGCUGUACUGGAUCAGCGAGUACAAGGAGUCCAUCGAGACGCUGCGAGUGGAUGGCGGUGGGCGCCACUCCUUCCCUGCUGUCCUACGGAGCCACACGGAGCCACUGGGCCUGGCUGUGUUCGAAAGCCGCUUCUUCUGGACUGACGGCACAGAGCUGGUGUCAGCCACCCAUGCCUCUCCCCAGGAGCACGCAGUGUUGCUCCGUGCCCCAGUCUCAGCUUUCACUGUGCUUCACGUGCUGCAGCAGCCUCUCCAGUUGUCCAUCGUGUAUGCAGCAGGGAAAGCCAUCUCCCUGGUGCAGGUGGGCCCUGGAGCACAGAGCAAACGAGUGCAGGAGUGGCAGGAACCCCUCCACCUGCAAGACGUGGACUGGCAGAGGUCAGUUCUCUAUGGGACGGAUGACCGUGGGACACUGCUGCGUGUUGUGGGGCACCCUGGCAGGAGAGAGGCCAUUACAACUGGGCUGCCAGUCUGUUCUGCUCGUGUGGACAUCCACUCGGGGGACCUCUACUGGCUCGCGUGUAACUGGAGGGACAUCGGGGUGAUCCAGGCAUCUGACAUGUCUCCACGCAUCCUGUACCGUGCUCAUAACAGCAUCCAGCAUCUCUUCUUGGACUGGCAGAGGGGUGCUCUGUACUGGGUAGCCCGCCUGCAGGCACUGAGUCUGACCAAGCAGCAAGCAGUCAUCCUGGCACCCAGCUGGUCCCAUGGCAUUGUGGCUGCCUUUGAGCCAUACCUGGUGUCAGCAAACAGGACCGCUCUGCUGCUGUGGGACCGGAGGACGCUGGCCCUUGUGCUCUCCGUGCCAGCAGCAGACGUGCAAGGAGUGGUGGUCUUCGUGGGUUCGGAGCCGCAGACUGUGCCACCAAGCAAGGGGUCUGCCCUGCCACUCCCUCCGCCUGUGACCACCACUACAAGGACAACCACAAGCACCACUGCUGCUCAGCCCACCACCUCCACCACGAGGCCUACGCCAAGCAAGACCACCACUGUGCUCACCACUACUCCUGCAACAAUCAAUAAGGCUACCACAAUGCCAACCACCACUACCACCAGCCAGCCCACAUCAACCAAGACCACCCCUGCAACCAUCACUGCCCGGACCACACCAACCACGACCACCACCGUGCGGCCAGCAACUACCAGAACCACCACAACCACUAGUCGUCCAUUGACAACCAAGACCACUGCUACACAGCCAACUACCACCACUCAGCACCCAACCAGCCUUGCACGGGUAGUGCCGCCUACCCCACCCGUGACAACCAGCUCUGCACACCCUCGGACCCCUGUCCCCCAUCUGUCCUGUCCUCGCACACAUGUGCCCUGCCGUGACGGCACCGAGUGUGUGGCCCAGGAGUACAUGUGUGAUGGGGAGAAGGACUGUGCAGAUGGCUCUGAUGAAGAUGGGUGUGCCCAGCUCUGUGAUACCCCAGGGGCCUUCUACUGUGCGAGCGGAGCUGUGUGCAUUGGGGCUGGGGAGCGCUGCGAUGGCGUGCCACAGUGCCCCGACGCCUCAGAUGAGGCGGGUUGCUGGACCCCCACACGGGAGUGCGCCCUGCGCUGCGACACUGCCACACGCUGCAUCCCUGAGAGCUGGCUGUGUGAUGGCCACGCCGACUGCUUGGACCACACCGAUGAACAGGGCUGUGUGCCAAAGGAAUGCAACCCUGAUGAGUUCUCUUGCCGGAGCGGACAGUGUGUGGCUCUGGCCCUGCGCUGUGACGGUGACCAUGACUGCCAGGACGGCUCAGAUGAGGAGGGCUGCGCCAUGCCCCCACCACUGCUCUGCCGCACGGGGGAGGUGGCGUGUCCCCGCAGUGGGGAGUGUGUGCCGGAGGCCUGGCGCUGCGAUGGUGCUGCCGACUGCGGCGACAGCACAGACGAGCAGGGCUGUCCCUGGGAGGAAGGGCUGUGUGGGGAAGGGCAGUGCGGCUGCUCCCACGACCACAGGUGCAUUCCUGAUGUCUGGCGCUGCGAUGGAGAGAGUGACUGCACAGACGGCAGCGACGAGUCUGGCUGUCAGCCUUCCCCCUGCCAGAGUCAUGAGUACUCAUGCGGGCUGGGAGGCUGCCUCAAUGCAUCCCUGCUGUGUGACGGCCGGCAGGACUGCACAGAUGGUUCGGAUGAAGCAGGGAACUGCUCUGUAUCCUGCCAGCAGUCCUGCGCUCACCUCUGCUAUCCCUCGCCCCAGGGCCCUCGGUGCUGGUGUGACCAGGGCUAUCAGCUGGCUGAGGAUGGUGUGUCCUGCAUCGAUAUAGAUGAGUGCACAGACAGGAGUGAGGGAGCCUGCAGCCAGACCUGCCUUAAUGCCCCAGGGUCCUACAGCUGUGGCUGUCUGCCUGGCUACCUGCUGGAGCCUGAUGGCCACAUCUGCAAACUCACCGGACCAGAGCCCAUCUUGCUGGUGGCCAUGCAGUCAGAGGUGUUGUCCUAUGGCCUGCGGAGUGGGCGUGAGGAGGUGCUGCUGGCCGCUGACAAGGAUCGUGUUGUCUUCUCACUUGACUAUGACUUGGUGGAGAGAAAAGUCUUCUGGAUGGACCUGGCCACAGAGAGCAUCCGCUGGCAGGACCUCAACUUGGGCAAGAAAGGCACACUGGUGAAAGGUGUGAAGUCGGACUGUAUAGCAGUGGACUGGCUCGGGAGGAACCUGUACUGGACUGAUGGGGCAGCAGGGCAGGUGCUGGCCACUCGCCUGGGGGCUGCCUGGCGAGGGACACCAGAGCUACUGUACUGGUCAGAGGUAGGGAAGCAUCCACGGCUGAUGGAAGCCACCAUGGAUGGGAGUCGGCGGCACGAGCUGCUGGCCCACGGACUGGGCUGGCCCACGGCACUGGCCCUUGACCUCCCCACCUGGAGGAUCUUCUGGCUGGAUGAGAAGCUGGGCAGUGUUGGUUCUGCACAUCUGGAUGGCACCAGUGUGAAGGUCCUGCGGCUGGGCUGGGUCCAGAGCCCCUUUGCGGCAGCUGUGUGCGAGGGCCAGCUUUACUGGUCAGAGAGGAAGGCAUGGUCAGUGCAGAAGUUGGACAAGACCAGCGGCAAGAACAGGACUGUGCUGCUCAAGCGACAUGGGCAGCCCCAUGGCCUCCAGGUCUACCUGAAAGACCUGCCCAGAACAGCUGGAUCCCAAGGCCUUCCUGCACUCCGGACUCUGCCCUUAGCCAAGGUGGGCCGCCUGACAGCCAUCGACUACGCAGUGAAAGACAAGAGCCUGUACUUUGCAGAGGUGGGGGGUGACUCUAUAGGGCUGCUGCGCCUGAAGGACUGGGGACGGCUGUCCUGGAAGAAGGCAGUGGCCGCGAAGGGCACAGUGACAUCCCUGGCCCUGGACUGGCUGAGCGGGAACCUGUACUGGAUCGGAGGGCAGUCACCCAGCAUCCAUAGAGGCACCAUCAGCAGUGUUGAGCUGGAUGGAUCCCGCUUCCGGGUGGUGCGGGAAGGAUUGCAUGGUCUCUCCCUCUUCACCAUCGGAGAAGGCUUUCUGCUCUGGAGCACAACCUCAACCAACGGCACCAACAGCUGUACAAAGAACAACGGUGGCUGUGCCCAGCUCUGCCUGCCCAACCCCGCAGGGCGGCUGUGCCGCUGCUCUGCCGGCUACCACCUGGAGGUGGGGACUCGGGUCCCUAUGGUGGCAACAUCAGUAAUGUCCCACUUGGAAGAACAGAAACCAGCCUUACCCACAGCUGCACCCAAGACUUAUCAGCCCGGCCCCAGCCUGCCCACAGCCCCUGGCCCCCAGAAGCAAGGAGAGCCCUUCCUGGUACCCCCCAGCACUGAGGAGGUGCUGGGGGCCGUGCCAUGCAGCAGCGAGACGUGCAACCUGCGUGGGGAGUGCGCCAUCGAGGCUGGGCGAGUGACGUGCCACUGCGCCCUGGGCUACCGUGGUGACUACUGUGAGGAGGCAGAGGGAGGACCUAUUGCCCUGGGGGUGGCCGUGCUCCUGCUUCUCGCUGCCGCUGCUGUGGGGGCCCUGGCCUACAUGCGGAGGCGGGACAGGCGGAGGAGGACUUCAAGCACUGCAUCCACCCGAGUGCUGACCUUGUACCACCGUGAAAGCGACCCCGAGGAAGAGGAUGAAGAGGAGGAAGAGCUUCCCCCCAAGAGUGAUACCUUUGUGAAUGAAGCUUAUGAUGGGAAAGAGGUGAGCAGCAUCUGGAGCAGGCCCUGGGAGAAAUUCCCCAUCACUGUGGGGUACCCUGAGGCCCCUCCUCAAUAUGCAGAUCCCUCCCCAGGCCCAGUGCUGGCAUAG